UGAAUAAAUCUAUAAAUACGUGGCAAUAGUUAGUGCCGUUUUUUAACGAUUGCUUGGCAUCUCUACUUUUCCGCUGCGACGAAUUGCUAGGCCGAAGUUUUCGCUGGCUGUUCGGCCAUCGUCAUCGCCAUCAUACAUCUCUGUUCGCAGUCGUCGUUGGGAGUCGUUCGCUUUGCAUUGACGUCGCUUCGCAGCUCGUAGUCUCCAUAUAGUUACACAAAUAGCAAAUGUCUACUACCUAGAAAUUAAAAAAAAAAAAGUUGCUCUGCUUCAAUUGGAAAAAAUUUCACUGCAUGCAGCGACUGUUGACUGCGAUAGAAAUUAGAGAUUUUUGUGCGAAAUCCAAGAGUUAAAUUUGUCGACGGAGUUCUGUGGACGUCUCAGUGGACGGAAGCAGCAUAAUAAACGUGCGUUAUUGCACUUAAUAAAGCGGUAAACCCAAAACUUAUAAAUUUUUUUCACGGCACCAAAAAAAUAUAAAAGAAAUGGAUAAAUUGGAUACCAAUUUGGAGCAGCAGUUCGAUUUGAACCUCAUUGAAGCAGUAAAAAUGAAUCCGGUCAUAUACGACCGUUCCCAUUAUAAUUAUAAGCACUUUGUAAGGAAGGCGCAAACAUGGAAGACUAUCGCCGAAUCACUUGGUGUGCCUGAGCAAAAAUGUACGAAACGAUGGAAGAGUUUGCGCGACAAAUUUGCCCGCGAAAUGAAAUUGUGUCAAGAGUCGCGUUGGCGCUACUUCAAACAAAUGCAAUUCCUGGUUGAUUCCAUAAGACAAUAUCGCGAGUCACUUUUGGGUAAAUGUAAUACGGUGCAGCAAAAUACGAACCAGAUAGCCCAAGUUGAUCCCAAUCAACAGCAACAGCAACCGCAGCAACAGGCUGUCGUAGACAUAUUUGCACAACCCUUCAACGGCAGCGCCACAACAUCGGCACAAGCAAUCGCCCAUCCGCAUGAAAUUGCAGUUACAGGCGACACUCAAUUGGCCGCCGCUGGAAAAGAACAAAAACCAUACUUUUAUGAGCCUCCUUUGAAGCGUGAACGCACCGAAGAAGAUAAUCACGAUAAUAUGCUAAACACAAUUAAGAUUUUCCAAAAUUCGAUGUCACAAGCGGUUAGCGCUGAGGAUCAGUCGUUUGGUAUGGUCGUCACCGAUAUGCUGAACACGUUGGGUGUACGACAGAAGGCCGAGGCAAAGGUGCACAUUAUUAAAUAUCUUACGGAUAUGCAAUUGCUGGCACAACACAACAAAUAUUAGUAUGUUACGCAGAGCGUGAAUGCUAGUAAGCAGUAGUUUUUGUAAUAGUCAUCAUAUGUACCAGUUAAUAUAAAAUGAAUAUUAGC